UCCAGCAGGAGGCUACCGGAGAGGAGCAGGAGCUGCUGCUGCUGCUGCUGCAACACCUACAACCGACGGAGGAGAGCGGGCUGACCGACACGGUUCCAGACACGUUUGGGUGGAAUAACGCGGCACCGAGCUGCUGUUACACAUUACCACAGGCUGCAAUAGUUGGAGAGCAGAGCCUCUUCGCCAAUGGCAAGUCCGGUUUCAGACACUGGACCGUCUCAUCAGCAUCACCCUGUGACCGAGUCGGCCGCAGACUCCGCGUUUCAGGAGGCGCAGAAAUGGAUCGAGGCAGUGACAGGAAGAUGCUUUGGCGACAAGGAUUUCAGAGGAGGUUUGGAGAAUGGGAUACUGCUAUGCGAGUUGCUGAGCUGUAUUAAACCCGGCCUGGUGAAGAAAAUUAACAGACUUCCAACACCCAUAGCUGGCCUGGACAACCUCAGUGUGUUUCUGCGAGGCUGUGAGGAGUUGGGACUGAAAGGCUCCCAGCUGUUUGACCCCGGAGACCUGCAGGACACGUCGACACGCCCCGCCGCCAAGGGAAGUGACUGCAGCCGAAAGCUCAAGAAUGUUCUAAUCACCAUUUACUGGUUGGGUCGUGCUGCCAACGGCUGUACCUCCUACAACGGGCCCACGCUGGACCUGAAAGAGUUUGAGGCCCUGCUGUCACAGAUGCGAAAGGAGGCGGAGGAGGCAGAGAGCCCUAAACGCAGCAUCCGGGACAGUGGCUACAUCGACUGCUGGGACUCUGAGCGCAGUGACUCUCUCUCCCCGCCACGGCACGGCCGCGAGGACUCGUUCGACAGUCUGGACUCCUUCGGCUCACGCUCACGACAGACCCCGUCGCCAGACGUCCUGGUUGCCCGCGGCAGCAGCGAUGGGCGGACAUCUGUCAGUGAGCCACGGACCGCCAUGCCCUUCAACCAGUACCUGCCCAACAAGAGCAACCAGAGUGGUUACGUCCCCACGCCACUCCGCAAGAAGAAGAAUGAUAAAGAUGAGGGAGGGCGCAAGAGUUGGAGUACAGCCACUUCCCCUAUAGGGGGAGACAGACCGUUCAGUCCAAUUCAGAUCCCUAGCUUAGACGCCCCACCUGAAGAGACCCCCAGUCUGUCCCCCACCCCACCCCAGAUCCAGAUUCAGGAGAACCAGGCUAAAAAGGACGAGGAGGAAGGGGAGCAGAGAGCCUCCACACCUUGCAUUGAGAUCCAUGCAGCGAGCGUGAGGAGGAGCAGUGAGCCUCUUCCCUGUAACCUCCCCCAGCCCCAUGCAGAGCCCCCAAUGGAGACUCUAACUCACCUGAUGGUCACCUCUGAGCAAAGUACUCCAGCUCGCUCGUGCUCAGAGGAGUUCUUCCACCAUUCAACGACUCUAGCAGCAAACACUGCGGCAACCGCCAUGGUUGCAACAAGCCCCGUCAUCACAGGGAAACACCCACCUGUGACAGAGCAGGAGGAGGUACCUGCGAGGAAGGGAAUCGCCGGCGCACCGUUAGUCACAGAGCGAGAUGAGAAGCGAGCCCGCCAAAUGCUGACCUCUCCCAAACACGUCACCACCCUGUGUUCCUCCCACUUCCUGCCUGUGCCAGCUGCCGUGACAACCACUACAACAGCCACAACCGAUACAGGCCGACGAAAGGGAAGGGCUCGGAGUGAAAGUGAGGACCCCCAAGGAGGGAUGUCUUGGUUGGACAGCAAUCUUCCAGCAACAUUCAGCCGCACACAUAGUGUGUCAGAUGACCCACAGAGUGUGAGUAUGAUUGACAUGCGUGGUGAGGAGGAGGCCGUCUUGCAGCCCCACAGUCAGGUGCGUCAUGAACUGAUGCACAACCAGUACAACAAGAUGAAGGAAGAGGAUGAUCACUGGCAGGAUGACCUGGCCCGGUGGAAAAAUCGGAGGAGGAGUAUUUCCCAGGAUUUAAUCAAGAAGGAGGAGCAGAGGAAGAUGAUGGAGCGGUUGAUGUCAGGAGAACCGUGUAUCUCAGAGAGGAGGAGAAGCAUCAAGACCUACAGAGAGAUAGUGGAGGACAAGGAGCGUCGCGAGGAGGAGCUGCGGGAUGCAUACAGAAGAGCCAGAACCCCAGAGGAGGCAUCAGCCAUCCUCCAGCGCUACGCCCAGCGUUUCUCCAUCAGUGACGCGGUCCUGGAACGCCUACAGUUGCCAAAGCUCCUGGACCGCAGCAUAUCUGCUGAUCCCUCCUUUCCCUGCUCACCCUUCCCUCUCUCCCUCUCCCUCUCUGCCUCCCCAACGACCCCAGACCCCUUUGAUGCGGACCCCAACGGGCCUAUGAGGUAUCUGCGCCAGCAGUCCGCCCCGGCUCCAAAGUUCACGUCUACACUGGAAGCGCGAAUCGAGGAGUUUCCCAAAGACUCCUCACACCAGCGGCCUCAGAUUCGUUCUCGCUCGUCUGAGCCGCCAUCAACCCGAGGCCUGUCUCCCAAACCGGUGCCUUUGCUGACCCCCAAGCCUUACUUCCAGUCUCGACCCACAGUGGCUGAUCCAUGGCCCAGUAAGGCGGACGGUUUGCUCCGAGUCAACGGCGACAUAGGAAGCGCCGAUGUUCCCACCACGCCUGAGAGUCAAGGCCGGGAAUCUCCUCCUCUUUUCCAGGCGUCCCCUUCCAAAACCAGCAACAGCACUGUAGAUGCUCCCUCGUCAGCAGCCUCACCAACUCGCAGUCCACACGCCUCGACCGGAGGAGAAAGCCCGGUGUCUACAAAGGCCGAGGAGGCUCAAGGUGGUACAGAACCGGUUUCUAAGGACGUCCAAGAAGAGAAAGUCAUUGAGCAUUCGACGCCACCCAGCCGGCCCACCUCACUCCCAUCGGAGCUGCAGAAGCCAGAAGAAAGCUUUGGGAAGACUGGCAGCAAGUCAGUAGCUGCUCCAGAGGAGGAGAAGUCGAAAACUGCAGCUCAACAGCAAACACCACCUGCAGAAGCCAAACAAGUACAAGAAAAAACUGAAACUGAACUGAUCUCCAACCUUGUCCAGUCCGGGUCCAUCACACUGCAAAGUCAGCCAGUAACUUUACAGGCAACUGUUCCUAGUUCCCAGGAGAUGUCACAGGAAAAAGAGAAUGUACCAAGCUUAGCUGCACCAAGGUCAGAUGGAUAUCAACCACCAAUAGAAAAGACAGCAGAGUUUGCAAACAGUAUCAGGUCUCCACUGGCAACCAGCAACCCUAAGUUACGCUGGGACUUCUUCGCUCCACCAGAGGAGACGGAGAAGGAUUGCCGUGGAAAUGUGUCAGUCCCGGUGUUGCCCCAGGCCAGGCGGGGUGACCGCUGGUCUUGGGACCCGGAUGAGGAGCGAAAGCGUCAGGAAAGGUGGCAGCAAGAGCAGGAGCGCAUGCUGCAGGAGAAGUACCGGCGCGAGCAGGAGAAGCUGAAGGAGGAGUGGGAGAAAGCGCAGAGGGAGGUAGCAGAAGAGGAGAGAAAGUACCACGAGGAGGAGCGAAGGAUACUAGAGGAGACUGUGACGCCUCUGACUCCCCGCUCCUCAGCCCUGCCCUCCCCCAGCCGAGGGGAGCUCUCCUCCACCUUGGAACCCCAGGACACCAUCGUCCGUUCGCUGGCCGACUGGGAACGCAAGCAGCAGCUGCUGGAGAGGCAGUCUAGGGGGAGCACAGAGAGCGUGGAAUGGAAACGGAGAGAUAACGACAGGACCAGUGACAUCAGCACUGCUGACGACAGCAUGAAAACAGGCAGAAGCUCAGUGAGUCAGAGCAGCAGUCAGGCGGCAGAAACACUCGGUCACAGUCUGCAGAACGGCCAAAAACUCCCCCCGAUGCCGGCCAAAACCUCGACUCCCGCAAAAAAACAACAAGAGCCCACAGCAGACAGCAACAAGCCCAGCCGGCCUGCAGGAGACAGGAGGAUUGGUCCCAUUGAUAAUAACAUGGGCCGCAGCUCAUCAAAACCCCCCGCAGCAUGUCCACCACCUCCAGACACACUGCCUCCAGCACCCAACAGGUCUGUUAGUGGGAAGAAACUGUGCUCCAGCUGUGGACAGCCGUUAGGAAAGGGAGCGGCCAUGAUCAUAGAGACCCUCAGUCUUUACUUCCACAUCCAGUGCUUUAAGUGUGGGGUGUGUAAGGGACAGUUAGGCGACACGACCACGGGGACGGACGUCCGGAUCAGGAACGGCCUCCUCAACUGCCACCAGUGCUACAUCCGCUCCCGCUCUGCCGGACAGCCGACCACAUUGUGACGCUCGACAGAAAAAAGCACAAGGUUCACGGAAGAAACCCCAUCCCUGUUUUAAUCCGAUUAUCUGCAAAUCAUGUCCUUCACAGCGUGUCGGGAUCUUUGCAUCCUCUGCAGUUCAGUAACCAAUGAAGAUUCAUCAUGAGGGGCCAAACAGGGAUCUGCAGACAGUCUUUAACAAAUAUAUAUAUUCUUCGUGUUUAUGUCAUCUGAUAUGUGAGUGAAAUCUGGAUUUGAUUGGUCCACGUACCACCACAGACUCUGUUUCAUCAUGCAGCGAGAGAGAGAGAAAGAGACUGUUCUGGGGUGGCGGCCAUGUUGAAAAGAAAACACAAUAACAUUUACAGAUGCUUCAUAUGCAGGCUAUGUUAACGUCCCACACUGUCAGAGUGAACACACAAAAAGAAAAUAUGGUCAAAUCAUGGUUAAGUAGAAUUCAGAUUCUACUUUCCAGGUUGGAAAAAAUUUGAAUAUUUACCAUUCAGUUCCAUAUAAUGGAAAUGCAGUAUAUCACAUAGUUACUGAAAUGCUUUUUUAUCAUUUAAGAAAGAUUUGGAGGGAUCAAAAUCCAAAAACUGGAAUCCAAACUGAGUAUGUGUUGAGGGAGCUCAGAAUGAAUUUUUUAAAUUUCUCUUUAACAGGCUGGAUCUGAAAAAUAUGAAUAAUUGUUCGCCCCUUCAAUGAAGUACUAGAUUAAAACAAAAUUAAAUACAGAAACUUUAUUCAGAAAGUGCAAUAAAGGUCACUGUAAUCCCACAAACACAAUAUAUACAGUAAGAUAGUAUUUUUUUGAUCCUUUGGUCCUUACAGUGACCUCUUAUGUCUCUUCCUUUGUGCUCCUGAAUGAAAUUCUAAUAUAAACACACAUUAUGGAUGUAGUUUCAUCAUUAGGGCAAUAACUCGACUUGUGAGCUGUUUCUGUGCUUUCGGGUCACAGCAGGUUGCUCCUCGGCCAGCCUGUUCGCUUGGAAAGUCAGGACUUCAAUGUGCCUUAGGAAAGCAAGGUGAUGCAGGAAAAAAAACACCAGCUGUAUGGUGUUUUAUUUCUCUCUCUUUUCUGUUUUGUUUUUGCGUGUAGGGAGGGAUUUGGCCAAAUUUGAACCCUUAAAACUGCAGACAGACAUGCAGCCCUCCCUUACACCACGCUUUACUUCAGUUGAUAAGUACUGUUUAUUUUACAUAAACAACACCCCUUACUUUCAUGUUUCCCCCGAUGAUUCCUCAGUGAUUUGCAGUGAUGAAAACCAGAGGAACACAUGUGUUGUCUAUUUGGAAAAAAAGCCCAGUAUAGAUUACAUAUACUGCGGGGAAACCAUUGAAGUUGUUUUAUUCUAGAGAGAUAUAGACUUCUGUAUGCUAAUAAUUGAGGUAAUUUUGAUAAUUGCUCAGUGGUAGGAUUCAUUUAUAAAAUAAAAAAAGGAAAUAAAAAAGACAAAAAUCAGCAGUAAAUGUUACAUCUAGUUAAAAGGCAGAGGUAAUAUGAACACACAUACCAGCAGCAGUUGCACCUGUGCAAUAUUUGGUUGGAUGGAAACUAAAGAUCUGUGGCGCCAGCUGCACAUUUUAAGUCACUUGCUUCUUCUUCUUCUUUUUCUUUUUUUUUUGAACUUGUAUGAGAAGACCUGGGUUAUGUAUUGUGGAUGUAAAAAUGCACGUUUAAGCCUAAAACCAAAUGAUUUGCUGUAUGAAAGCAAACUAGCAGCCUCCUCCUCCUCCUAUAGCCAAGCUUCUCCUCCGGGUUCAUCUCUCUGAUCUACAGUAUUUUUAAGCUUCUGUUCCGAUUGUGUAUUUUAUUUUUUAUCCUCAUUUAGUUGAUGAAUAAAUCUCGGCUGAGUCUCUUAUAGCGGGAUCUUUGAGACGGAGCUCUAUAUUCUUAACAGGAUAGUUGGGGAAUGAAACCUUUACGUCUGUUCUGUAUUUAUUGUAAUAUUCACCUGAACACUAUCCGAAAUAUAGAUUCAUUUGAUGUUUAAAUGCAAUGGCAUUUAUAGCAUACUGUAUGUUUAUAAAUAAAAUGUUAAUAAAUUAAA